AUUUCCACUCGAAAAAAAUCCUCUUCUCAAGCAAAGCUCUCACUUGAAGCAGGUGUCACGGGGUCAACCCGUCGCUAUUGGCAAUUUAUAUUCCGAUCUUAAAUUGCAGACAGCAUCGUAAAAGGUAGAAGCCAAUUCAGUUCUGAUCGCAUUGGAAAAUGGCGAAAUCUGGUGUUUUCGCAUCAUCUUUGCAAUUCCUCUUCAUCACCGCCCUCUUAUGGGUAUCAUUUUCCGUUCCAGUUGAUGCAAAAACCAAAUCACCUAAAGGUUUCGUUAAGAAGGCCAUCUCUUCUCAUUCCAUCGUCAUCUUCUCCAAAUCUUACUGCCCAUACUGUAGACGGGCAAAGGCUGUUUUUAAAGAGCUGAAGCAAGUGCCAUAUGUUGUUGAACUUGAUGAGAGAGAUGAUGGUGGAAACAUUCAAGAUGCCUUGAGUGAGAUUGUUGGUAGGCGUACUGUCCCGCAGGUAUUCAUUAACGGAAAGCAUCUGGGAGGCUCUGAUGAUACUGUCGAAGCAUAUGAAAAUGGUGAACUGGUGAAACUUCUAGGUAUCGCGACAACAGAAGAGGAAGAUCUUUGAGCUAGUAAUAGUUCAAAUUUUAGAUGACUGAAAUUAUAAAGUUGAUUCAGAUUUUAUCUGGCAACCAUUUAGUUGAAGUACAGUAGCUGAACAAUGUUGCUUCUUACUUUCUUGCUUUUGUACUCGCCCUCGAUUCCUUAUGAAAUGACUUUUAUUUAGUCUUCC